AUGGACUCAUCAUACGCCUCGCGGCACGAGAAACUUGAAGUUUCGGAGCUUGAAAAUGGAGAGCAUGAGCCCGUAACGAAGAAGGGGGAGAUUGAGCGAAUCGAUGCGAUAGCUACCGCGCAAGGCACAACACUGGCUUCCUUUGCGCAUCUGGAUGAGAAGAAGAUCCUGCGAAAGGUGCGGGGUGGAAACAUCGGAAACGCCAAGAUCGAAGGCCUCCAAGAAGAUUUAGGAAUGACUGCCGAUCAAUACAACUGGUGCCUCACAGUCUUCUUCUUCACAUACGCCGCGUUCGAGGUCCCGAGUAACCUGCUGCUGAAGAAGCUCCGCCCGAGCGUGUGGCUGCCGACCAUCAUGGUUGCGUGGGGCGUCGUCAUGACCUUGAUGGGCAUCGUGAAGAACUACCACGGCCUGUUGAUAGCUCGCAUCUUUCUCGGAGUGACGGAGGCCGGACUGUUUCCUGGCGUCGCGCUCCGCCAAGCCAUGUUCUUCUCCGCGGCUUCCAUCGCCGGCGCCUUCAGCGGUCUCCUCGCGUUUGCGAUCUCCAAGAUGGACGGCAUCGGUGGGCUGGAGGGAUGGCGCUGGAUCUUCAUCCUCGAGGGUAUCGUGACCGUUCUCGUGGCCGUUAUGGCUUUCUUUGCACUCCACGACUUUCCCGAGACAGCCAAGUUCUUGACUGAGGAAGAGCGAGCGUUUAUCGUCUUCCGACUGAAAUACCAGGGCCAGGUGCAGGGCAAGCAAGAAAAUCGUGUGCAAGUUGCCGAGGCCGAGGAGUUCAAGUGGAAAUAUGUCGUGGACGCGUUUACCGAUUGGCAGAUUUGGAUCAACAUCUUUGUUUACUGGGGUAUCGUAUGCCCGCUCUACGGAAUCAGCCUAUUCCUCCCGACCAUCAUUCGAAAUCUCAACUACACGUCCAGCACGGCGCAGCUGAUGACUGUGCCGAUCUACAUCACGGCCGCAAUUCUCGCAGUCAUUGUGGCAUACAUAUCAGACAGGGUUGGCAAGAGAAGCCCCUUCAUCGUUGGAUUCCUGUGCAUGAUGAUUGUUGGAUUCUCAAUGUGGGUUGCCUACCGAGUCAUCAGUUGGCUCUCCAACAACCUUGCCGGCAGUUACAAGCGCAGUGCAGGAAUGGCGGUUCAAAUCGGCGUGGGAAAUCUCGGUGGCGCCAUGGCAUCCAACUUUUACCGCCAAAAGGAUGGGCCGCGGUAUAUCCUGGGCCAUGCCCUUGAGCUCGGGUUCAUAUCGGUCGGUAUUAUUGCAGCGUUGAUACUUAUCUUCAGCUACAUUGGAAUUAACAAGAAGCGCGACCGGAAGAUGGCGGCUGGGGAGGACAGCAAGUUCACUGCAGAGGAACUGUCUGCACAGGGUGAUCGAGCAGUGACUUUCCGGUACAUGUGGUAG